AUGGUACUGGAUAUUGAUGGCAGAGCACCAAUGCAGCUAGAGAUCAAUGGCGGAACACCGAUGGAGAUGGAGAUCGAUGGCGGAACACUGAUGGAGCUAGAGAUCGAUGGCGGAACACCGAUGGAGCUAGAGAUCGAUGAAGGCACACUGAUGGAGCUAAAGAGCAAUGGCAGAACACAGAUGGAGCUAGAGAGCAAUGGCGGAACACCAAUGGAGCAGGAGGAGAUCGAUGGCGGAACACCGAUGGAGCACGAGGAGAUCGAUGAUUUUGUAAGUGUGUAUUGCAUGGCACGACAAAUCCUGUGGCCAAGAUGCCAUGGCGACCAGGGAUAUUCUAUCAUGAUGCAUGGAGUGCAUAAAUCAAAGAGGCCAAGUGGAUGCCAGCAAAGGAAAGCAAAAAAGGCAAGAAAUAAAUCACUGAAAACACUAGCUGGAUCCAUGCUUCAGUUUGUCAAAAGACAGGAUGAUGGGCAGGGUUCAUCAAAAGACACAGCUCCUCAGUGUCAGUCUCCAAUUGAUACUGCUCAUACUUCUGCUGAAGAGGAAGAUGUGGAAAUUGCAGAAUUUACAGCAGAAAAACAAGUAGUGGAAAUAGAAGAAUGUGAAGCAGAAGAAAGUGCUGAAAGUGACUCUAGCCAUGAUACUGUAAAGGAGAUGAGUGGUGUUACGGAGAAAGAUUUGCACAUUUUACAUGAUGUUUCUUUCUGGGAAAUACCAGUUCCAGAUCAUUUUCGGGUUGAAAUUAUCAAAAGGGGAAGCGAUUAUUUCCAAAAUAAAGAUGGACCUUUCAGUGCAGUGGCGAGGAAAGAUUUAGAUACAAAAGCAAAGGGUGGUGUACGCCAGAUUUCAAAAGAGUGGUUUUACAAGAUAAUGCCAAAUGGUGAGAAAAUUCUGCGGUCAUGGAUGGUUUACUCAGUUGUCAGCAACAAAUUAUACUGUUUUUGCUGCCGACUGUUUGCCAUUAGUGCUACAAGUAUGACAUCCAAAUUUGUGACUGGGUUUCAGAAGUGGUGGAAACUAAACCCGAAAGUACAUAACCACGAGACUUCUGAAGAACACCUAUGCUGCCUUGAAAAGUGGAAAACAUUGGCAGCAGGACUUAGGCUGCACAAAACCAUCGACGCCAAAAGUAUUUCUUUAAUGGAAAUGGAAAAGAAAAAGUGGAGGGAUAUCUUGCACAGAUUGCUUGAUAUCACGUUGUUUCUUGCCAAGCAGAAUCUGGCAUUCCGCGGCCACAAGGAAGAUGAGACUUCGUUGAAUAAAGGGAACUUUCUUGAGAUGGUUGAGGUAUUUUCAAAAUACGAUCCAGUGCUGAAAGAGCACCUAAUGAGAUUGAAACGGAACACGUGUAAACUUAAAGUUUCAGUCUCAUAUCUAGCACCAAACACUCAGAAUGAGUUUAUAAGUGUCCUGGCAAAUCAUGUGAAGGAGAAGCUUGUCAUGGACAUAAAGUCUGCAAAGUAUUUUGGGAUCAUGUUUGACAGCACACCUGACAUAUCACAUACUGACCAGAUGUCCGAAGUGAUCAGAUAUGUAACAAUCAACAACAUGAAAGUUGAAGUAAAAGAGGUAUUUCUCGGAUUUUUCCCUUUAAAGGGGAAAACAGCUGCUGACCUCAGUUCUGACAUUUUAAAAACACUGGAAAAUGAUGGACUGGACAUAAUGAUGUGUCGUUCUCAAGGCUAUGAUAAUGCUGCCACUAUGGCUGGAAUCCAUGGAGGUGUACAAGCCAUUCUUAAGAGAAAGAACAGGAAAGCUAUUUUUAGUGGAUGUGUGGACCAUUCGCUUAAUUUGUGCGGUCAGCACUCUUUUGCUGAAAAUGCAUCAUGUGUGACAUUUUUUGGAACUCUUGAGGCAAUGUAUUCUUUCUUUGCUAAUUCAACCCAUCGAUGGGAUGUGUUAAUUGAACAUACUGGAGUAUCAGUGAAAAGGUUAUCAACAACACGCUGGAGUGCUCAUCAUGCUGCAGUUACGCCAGUUAAGGAAAAGCUUGAUAAGUUUGUGGACGCGAUUGAAGCUCUUUGUGAUGUACAUGAAAACGUGGACACAAGAGGAGCAGCACAAGGUCUUUUGCCUGCUGUCUGUGAUUUCACUUUUCUGUGCUACCUGUACUUCUGGUGUGAUGUACUUCAGGAAGUUAAUCUUACACAGCAGUACCUGCAGAUUAAGGGCUUAACCCUCGACAAGGUGGUGGCAAAGUUAGAGGCGCUUAAACUUUUUCUGCAUGAGGAACGCAGUCACCUAGUGGAGCACGCAAUUGAAGAGGCGCUUUCAAAAUCAGCUGAAUAUGGAAUUGCAGUACAGAGAAGAGCCAGGUUUAAGAAGCGGUUGGCAGGGGAACAAGCAAGCGACGCUGGACUCUCUCUUCAAGAAGAAAAUAAGAGGGCAAUGUUUGAGUGCAUUGAUCGCUUUCUUUCUGAACUUCAGAUCAGAUCAAGAGCCAUCCAGGAAAUAUCAGCCAUGUUUGAAGCUGUUCAAGCGAAGAGUCUCAUAUCUGCCACUGAUGAACAGUUAAAGGUGUCUGUUCCAAAACUAACCACUUUCUAUGAUGAGUUAUCGGAAGAUUCACUUUUAAUAGAAAUACCAAGGCUAAGAAGGCACCUGAAAGCAGCAAACAUUGAUCUGGAAAAAGCCAAAGAUUGGCCAAUAUUAGAUGUUUUAAAAUUCAUAGCAGAAUGGGACUUUGUAGAAUCUCUACCAAACCUUUUACUAAGUCUAAAAUUAUUUCUGACGAUUUGUGUGUCUGUGGCUUCAUGUGAGAGGAGCUUUUCAAAGCUGAAACUUAUAAAGAACUAUUUGCGAUCUACCAUGGGACAAUCAAGGCUUUCUAACCUUGCAAUACUGUCAGUUGAAAGUGAGUUGGCGAAAGACAUCGACUUUGAUGAAGUGAUUCACAGGUUCGCAGCUUUGAAGGCCAGGAAAGGAAAGUUUUGA